AUGGUACAGGGGCGGAUACGGGGCGUAGAGCAUGAGGGAUUCGAUUCUUAUAUUGGUAUACCGUAUGCUACUGUGAACGGGUAUGGAGGAAGAUUUAAGAAAGGCAACAUCGCUCCAACGUGGUUAGGUAUACGGGAAUCCCACGAUCCAUACUGCACGUUCAGAUCAGAAGCGACCGACUGCCUCCAGCUCGACGUCUACGUUCCGAAAGCAGCAGGAGCACCCUGGCCAGUUCUUGUCUGGGUGAAAAGCAGCAGUGGAGACUAUCAUCCAGAUAAAUUGGUGAAACAGGGCAUUAUAGUAGUUAUUGCUCGACAUAGAAUCGGACCAAUAGGCUUCCUAUGUUCGCAAGAAGAUCAUAUACCGGGAAACGUAGGUGUAAAAGACAUAGUGUCAGCCCUUAGAUGGGUGCGAGAUAACAUAGUAGCAUUUAAAGGCAAUCCCCAUCGAGUGGUGGUAGCCGGUCAGGGCUUCGGUGCUGCGAUCGUCGAGGCUCUCACAAUCACACCCAUGGCUGAUGGACUCUUCCACGGAGCAAUAAUACAGAGCGGUAGUAUUCUAGCACCUUGGGCAUUCAACUAUGACGCAACCGAUAAAACACAAUAUCUCCAAUUGAUGCUGAAUGAUACAGAACUGUUAAGAGCCCCCACAAUGGACAUCGUUGAACAAUCUGAAGAACUAGACGUACCGUACUUCCCCUUUGGCCUAUGCAUUGAAAAAGCUAUUAAAAACGAGGAAAGUCUUUUCUCGGAAGCGCCUUACAACACUUUGAUGAAAGGCAAAAUGAGUUCCGUUCCGUUGAUCAUCGGAUACAAUACGGAUGAAGCGUACAUAUUUAUUUCAACGUUACAAGAUGUGAAAUCCAUUAAGAAAAUGGCGAGAGACACGUCGUACCUGCUUCCUGCCGAGUUUCAAGCGAUGAGCGAGAGAGAAAUGAGGCCGAUUAUAAAGCAAGUUACGGAUAUGUAUUUUAACAACGAUAUAACGACGAGUUCUGUUUUAGGAUAUUACAGGGACGCUUAUUUCCUGAACCAUAUUUACCGCAGUGUGAAAUUCCACGCUAGCCACAGUCCGGUAUACUUCUACCAGUUCUCUCACUCUGGUAACGUGGGAGUUCUUCCCGAGGCUGACGUGCAGAAGUCAGGAGCUGCACACUCCGACGAGCUCGCCUAUUUGUUCCCUAGUGACAUAGACUUUGAUGGAGACGACGUGGCGGUUCAUCAACACAUGAUCCAGCUCUGGACCAGUUUUGUUAAGGAUCUCAAGCCUUCAGGCCCUGUGGAAUGGGACACCAUGGCAUCCCAGUACCCUCGUCUCUUGGACAUUAGCACGAGCCCCACAAUGAUGGACUUCCCCCACAGGAGAGAAAUGGCCAUGUGGGAGGGGAUAUACGAGAAAUAUUAUUUUAGGAGACAUUAA